UGUGGGUGUCACUGUACUUUGGAUUCUUGGGGCUGUGUUCUGUGAUAACCGGUGGCUGCAUCCUCUUUCUGCACCGGAGGAAGAACCUGCGGCGGGAAGAACGUGCCCAGGAGUGGGUGCAGGUGAUGAGGGCAGCCACGUUCACCUACAGCCCGCUGCUGUACUGGAUUAAUAAGCGACGGCACUAUGGCAUGAACGCAGCCGUCAACACGGGCCCACCUGCUGCCACCGAGACUGAGACCGACGCCCAGAAUUCAGAUCAUCCGUGGGAGCUGGACGUCCCUGAGAGCAGGAGCUACGCUGCUCAAGACGGCAGCCCCAAAGUGGAGGCCCCCAUCCCCCUACAACCUGCAGUGCAGCUGGUCCCUCAGCAGCCCCUGCCUUCCCCAAGGCCGAGGCCCCAGGCCAGCUCCCCACUCCCGAUUGUCUUUGAGGAGGUGCCCUUUGCCUUCUCCCUGUGUAACUUACCCCCAAUGCUGAAUCACUCGGUCUCCUACCCUUUGGCCACCUGUCCCCAAAGGAGUGUCCACUUCCAUUCCCUCCCCACGCUGGCCUAGAGGGGGCACUGCUAAAGGGCC